AUGACAAGCGGGGAUCAGUGCAACGGCUUUUCCUCCAGGGUCAACUCGGGCAAGACGCCGCCCCCGGCGCCCUCAGUGUUCGCCAAAAGAGCGAGGGAGCUCGAGGCGAAACAGGGGAUAGGCGACAACGGUGACUUGCCGCCGGCCAACUACCCCGCGGGCUUCGGAAGGGCGAAGGCGGGGACCUUGCCCUCCAACGUCCAGCUCGCGGCUCAGCGCUUCGCCGCGGCAUCGAGCACGCUUCGCAGCUCGGCAGCAGCGGCUGCUGCCACUGUGUCGACGGACUCGUUUCAGGAGCAGCUCCAGCGGCAGAGCUUCGCACCGCCCGCGUCGACGGCCCCCGUGCGACCUGGUUUACGCCACUCGGCCUCGGUCGCUUCUUCAGCUGCUUCCUCUGCAUUGACUGAGCGGAACAGCCGCCUCCGCUCUGGCUCGCUCACCCUCCCCUCGGGCGGCCUCUCCAACGCGUUCGGCUCGUCCCUCUUUUCGUCGACCUGGAUGCCCAGCCGCAACGGUGGUAUGCCCGUGCUGGACGAUCUGCGCUCAGUGACGUCCAUGGACUCCGGCGCAGACGAUUUCGAUGUCCACACGCUGGACUACCUGGGUCUUGACGAGACCCUCCGCCACCCGCCCGCUGCUACCAUCUCGGAGCUGCGCAACCAGGCCCAAGCCGCGAUCGCAGGCAAUCUUGCUGCGAACCCGUCUAGGCUUCGUGCUACUACGGUGUCCAACCCGUACCGGCCUUCUGCAGGCGCCUCUCUGCUCGCCACUCCCAGUGCAGAAGAAGAGGAGGAGCUUUACGACGAGCGCAUGUACGGCAGGCAGAGUCUCAACGCUUACCAGGACACGGAGAGCGACUAUCUCUCCGCUGCGUACAUGGCGAAGGGCUUCAAGCAGAGCGACCACCUCUCCGUCGGUCUUGGCUCACGUCCCCGUGCUAUAUCGGUUGGGAACCUCGACGACACGACACGAGCGCUGCAGGCCCGUCGUCAGGCUGCGGCUGAAGCACAGGCGUACAACGAUCUGUCCAUUCAGACGAGCCUAGGCGGUAUCCCUCGUGCUGACAAGGCUAAUGCUCGGGUGGUGGUUCUCCUUCGGUCCAUUUCUUCAAUGGCGAACUCUCGUCUUUGUCAUUUAAACAGGAUUGACUUUAAUUCAAUAGUGUAUUUUAGUUCACCUUAA